CCUUUUCCUGCGCCCGAAAGCGCGGAAGGCCCCCGACGGCGUCCGAGGAGCCGGGCUGGCGCCUCAGCGGCCGGGAGGGAGGCAGGCCCCCAAGAUGGCGAUGCUGGCGGAGCCCCGUCGAAGGCAGAAGUGGUCUGUGGAUCCACGAAACAGUGCUUGGAGUAAAGAUGAAUCUAAAUUUGGCCAGAAGAUGCUGGAAAAGAUGGGCUGGUCCAAAGGAAAGGGUCUUGGGGCUCAGGAACAAGGGAAUACAGAACAUAUCAAGGUUCACGUGAAAAACAACAUGCUGGGGUUAGGAGCAACCAUCAAUCACGAGGACAACUGGAUUGCUCAUCAGGAUGACUUCAACCAGCUUCUGGCUGAACUGAAUGAUUGCCAUGGACAGGGUGAAACAGGGAAUACAACUGAAGGUGCAUACCCAGAUGCCUCCCAAAGCAUUGUCAUAUGCUCGUCAUGUCUUGGUACCACAGACUGGCUUCCGUAUCUGCAAGACCCGUGUAACCCAAAUCCUUGCCACAGUGAUGGAGUCUGUGAAUACGAAAGGGAAAGCAAGCUGCAGCUACCACUGACCUCUCCCGUCAGCCUUGAUUUUCUUCUGAACUCGGUAACACAAGCGAUAAGGAUUCAGAGCUACGAUUCCCCCAAGAAGAUCGGAGCCACUCAGUUUUCAGGUGCCCAUCAGCACAAGCCUUCCUCUUUACGGGUGAGAGAUGUCAGUCAAUGCAGGUCCAUGGAAACAUGCUGGGACUGACAGUUGGUGGAAUUGCUGGAACCAUUGUCUUACCCAUCGUCCUCAUUUCCAUGAUGAGUAGAAGAUAAAGAGCUGUAGGGGGAUAAAUCUCAGCCCCGUAGAGUCCAGAAGACAUCAGUGUGCAGUGAAAAAUGUUAAAGUACAACUUGUAAAAGAGCAGUCAGCAUAUGAAUGUGGAAAGCAAAACAAAUCAUCUUCUAACAGUUUCUGCCUUAACAUGCCCGAUUAUCUGGCUGGACCUGACCAUGGGCAAAGGGGAGUUGCAGAUCCAUUUACCUUCUGCAAGCUGCUCCAGCCAGGGGAGUCCCCCACAAAAGUUUUCCAGCUCAAAAAUUGCCCAGGGUUAUAUAACGAAUGACAAAAAUUCCCAUGAAGAUGAAUAAAAUUGCAGGCCCUG